AUGAUGUUUUCCCUUUUACUUUUCAUUGUCACGGCUGCUUCUGCUUUACAAACCCUUCCACCAGUACGAUGGCCUACCAAUGAUGGCGGAUCUGGUUUCACAUUCUCCGCGACGACGAAUACUGUGUAUAUCGAUGAGACGUUUGCGACACGAAAGGAUCAAAAAGGGCUAACUCUUAUCCCGCCUUCUGCGUAUGAAUUUGCGGAAACAUUUCUCUUGGAUUUGGAGCAAGUCACGGGCACAAAGUGGAAUCUUCGGAGGACAAAGGAGUUCCCCAGGGAUGCCAAAGGUAUUCUGCUCGGCGGGUUUAGGGAUGAUGCUGAUGGAUUAACUUACGAAAAUGGAACACCGACGGAGGAGGGUUACGAGCUCGAAAUUAAGGAUGGCGCAGCAUUCAUCGGCGGAACCGGAGCUCGUGGCAUGUACUGGGGCACACAGACACUUCUACAAUUGUUUCUUAUAAAUGGCGAAAAGGAGAUACCCGCUGGCCGAACAGUUGAUGCUCCUUCAUAUUCGACCCGUGGAUUCUCACUUGAUGCUGGACGGAAGUGGUACUCUCCAUCUUUCCUGAAAGAACUUUGCACAUAUGCGUCGUUUUUCAAGAUGUCUGAAUUCCAAUACCAUACCAGUGACAACUAUCCCCUUAAUCGUGGGCAUAAUGAAACAUGGAAUAAAGUUUACUCACAGUUCUCGCUACGGCCAGAGAACGAGGAAUUACAUGGAAUUGUCCAGCGCAUGAACGAAACCCUUACUCGAGCGGACUUUGAAGAUCUACAGCAGCAUUGCGCCCGGCGCGGUGUCACCGUUAUUCCAGAGAUCGAGGCUCCAGGACACUGUUUGUUUAUCACCAAAUGGAAACCAGAGCUUGCAUUAAAGAAAAAGGAUUUGCUAAAUUUAACCCAUCCCGAAUCAAUUCCUGUCGUUAAAGCCAUCUGGGAAGAAUUUCUCCCUUGGUUUCAGACGAAGGAAGUUCACAUCGGGGCAGAUGAAUAUGAUCCCACCCUCGCGGACGACUAUAUAAACUUUGUUAACGAGAUGGCUAAAUUUGUUAAAUCUAAGUCAGGGAAAGAUAUACGAAUCUGGGGAACACACGAGCCAUCCGAGAACCUUACUAUAUCGAAGGACAUCAUCAUCCAGCACUGGCAGUAUGGUCAAUCAGACCCUCUUCAACUCGAGAGAGAUGGAUAUCGAUUCAUUAACUCUCAAGACUGGUGGGCGUACAUGUCAAUUAAAAAUGACCACAUGCCUAUUCUGCCCGCUCGCUAUGCACAAAUUUUUAACAACACUCGUGUUCUGAAUUUUGCGGAUCAGACAGACUGGCAAUGGGAGCCGUCCUUUUACAAUCCGGUCAAUCGGACGGAGCAAGUUAAACCAGACUCGAAAGGUAAUAAGGGUGCUAUCAUGGCGGCGUGGAAUGAUAACGGAUAUGAUGCCUCCACACAACUCGAGGCAUACUACGCAAUGAGGGAUGGGAUUCCUGUUGUCGCAGCCAGAGCGUGGGCGGGAUCACGUGGAGAGCGUCUUGACAGCGGUUCUUUGUCAGGGACAAUCGAGCUUCUAACAAACAGAGCCCCAGGUCAAAACCUUGACAGACGAAUACUGUCCCUUGAAAAAGGUGGUAUCAAGACUCCUGACCCACUAAUAAAAUGGAGCCGCGAAACAGGAGCAAAAACGCUAGGAUAUGGGAGCAAAGGGAUGGACUACACCUUGAUCCUCGACACGACUGGUCCGUUCAAGCUUAUCUCGAACGAUACAACGCUUUCCCUCUCCCAAGGUGGAAGUCUUGUCUUCACCUCUGAUAACUGCGAAUACCCGCUGAGGUCAGUGUCAGAGCAUGAUGGCUUUGAUCCUGGUCACCCAGGUAGAAUAUGGACAAAUGUUUCAAGUUCCACACACGAACCAGUUACCGUCCCGCUAAAUUCGCGGCUGACGAUUAAAACUGACGUCCUUAGCGGAAGCAGAGUGUGGUUGGAUGGGAAAUUCGUCGGGAGGUUUGAAGUGUUUGUUUUUGGGGGAAGAAACACGUUGUUUUCGUGGAGUCAGAUGGCGUUUGUGGCUCCGCUUGAUAAGAUUGAAGGGGAUGGGUUGGAGAGUUUGACGCUGAGAACCGAUGACGUCCCAGGAGGUAGUAAACCUCCAAAGGAUUCUGGAAGUAGUCGGGUUGGUUUUAUGGGAUUGCACGAGGCGACCCUUCUGAUUUUCUGCUAUCUUGUCUUCUUGGGCAUGUCAUGUUGA